GAUGUUAUGUUAUCCCUGUCUAUAGGUAUAAGUACAAGUGUUUUCUUGAAUUGCCGAAAUCACUGAUGGCAUCAUGCCUUAUUGUCAAUCCGAGCAUCAUUUGCUCUGUGCUCCGCCUCGCUCGGUCUACACGGACUCCAGGCCAGGCAGGCUACAGGAAGUUUCGUAUUGUUCUAUGUCCAAAUUGUGUGUGUGUACGGUCAGGAAGAAGCGGGCUCUUUACCGGGAGAGAUGGCUUGAAUGAUGGACGGGGAAUGCGCAUUUUCCCGUUUUUACGGGUGAAUAAAAUGAAUAAAGAGAGUUCAUGUCACUGCCUUACCUAUACGAAGUAAGAAAUCAUGGCAAACGUAAAAGUCGCGAUUCGAGUUCGACCUCUUAAUGCAAGGGAAAGCGUGGACGGAGGGAGGCUGGCUGUGCAGGUGGAGGGCAACUUGGUGAGGAUCAAGAAAACCAAGUUGGACGGACGCCCGGACGUCCCAGGAGACUCCAGGGAGAAGUUUCUGGAGUUUGGUUUUGACUACUGCUACUGGUCCGUGGCUCCAGAGGAACCGCACUACGCUUCACAGGAAGAGGUGUUCCAGGACCUGGGGGUAUCGGUGCUAGCUGGGGCGUCAGAGGGCUACAAUGUCUGUUUGUUCGCCUAUGGACAGACUGGCACAGGCAAGACGUACACCAUGAUGGGGGCGCCGGACUCCAUGGGCCUGACCCCUAGGAUUUGUCAGGGCCUGUUCACAUCUGAUGACAGCUUCCCUGAAGGACACAACUCCACCAGGGUGGAAAUAAGCUUUCUGGAGAUUUAUAAUGAGCGUGUUCGGGAUCUACUGCGAGGCGGAGAGCAGAAGAAGAUCCCUCUACGUGUUAGGGAGCACCCUGACAAGGGACCCUAUGUACAAGACCUCUCCCAACAUGUGGUUUCUGACUACAAGCAGGCUGUGGAACUAUUGGAAGAGGGCAUCGCCAACCGUAUCACCGCGGCAACGCACGUUCACGACGCCAGCAGCAGAUCCCAUGCCAUCUUCACCAUCCAGUACACCCAGGCAAUUCUGGAGAACAACCUCCCCUCUGAGAUCGUCAGCAAGAUCAAUCUGGUGGACCUGGCUGGCAGUGAAAGAGCCGACCCCCACUACUGCAGAGACAGACUUACUGAGGGAUCGAACAUCAACAAGUCCCUGGUGACCCUGGGUAUCGUCAUCUCUGCUCUGGCCCAGAACUCCCAGAUGUCCAAUAGUUGUCAGAGCAUCAACAGUGUGGCCAGUGAGGGGGAUGGGGGCAGCAUUGUGGGGAGCCACAGCAGCAGUCUGUCUGGAGGAGGUGGAGGGAGAAGACACUGCUUCAUCCCCUACAGGGACUCUGUCCUGACCUGGCUCCUCAAAGACAGCCUGGGAGGAAACUCCAAGACCAUCAUGAUCGCCACCGUGUCACCCUCAUGCAGCAGCUACAACGAGACCCUCAGUACCCUGCGCUACGCCGCACACGCCAGGAACAUCGUCAACAAGCCACGCGUGAACGAGGACGCCAGCGUGAGGUUGAUCAGAGAGCUCCGCCAAGAGAUAGACCGACUGAAGAGCAUGCUACUCAGCUACGAGAUGCAGCGGAAUCCAAGCCCUUCUCUGAGUGACGAGAGGGACGGGAGUCUUUCUGACAUGGUGUUACAGAACGAACUGAAGGUGGAUCAGCUGACGAAGGACUGGUCGGAGAGCUGGCGGGACAAGAAGGAGCUUUUGGAGCAGUACAGUGUGGAUAUUAACAGAGACCGGGCUGGGUUCCUUAUCCACUCGCUGUUACCGCAUCUCAUCAGCCUGGACCGGGAUAUACUCAGCACCGGUGUCACCUUUUAUCAUCUUAGGGAGGGGAUCACCAGGAUUGGACCUCAGGACAAACUGGCGGAGCCACAAAUAGUCCUCCAGGGUGGCGCCAAUUGUGAAAUAGAGAACCAUUCUGGGGUGGUGACCCUGAGGCCACUGCCUGGGAGCAGCUGCAUGGUGAACGACAGGGAGGUUGUGGGGCCCUGCAGACUGGCACAAGGGUCUGUGGUCACUCUCGGAGGUGUCCACAAGUUUCGUUUCAACCACCCAGCAGAGGCUGCGGCCCUCAGAGAACGGAGGCGGGCAAGUGAAGGCACACUGAGUUGCAAUUCCGGUGACCUUUGUGCCAUCACCUCUGAAUCCAGGGUUGAGGUAGAAGUGGUUCCGGGACGGACGGAGGACUGCGAGGGUAAGGAGCCUCCUCUCGGGCAGCAGUGUGAGGAGGACCAGGUGAGGUACGUGGAGGAGCAGAGGGGGUAUGUGGAGUGUCUCCGCCAGGAGAUCCACAUUGAGCAGAGGCAAGCAGAAAGAGAUCUGGAGAGAGAACAGGCCCACCUGAGAAAGCAACACAUCGACAUCCAGCAGUGGAUCUUGCAGGAGAAUCAGCGUCUAGCAGCUAUAACGUUAGAGCUAAGAGAAACUCAGGAGUUUGGUGUACAGACUGAUCCUACAACAGCUCCCAUCCUAGACAGCCUACUAACCCAUUGUUCAAAAGGUUCUAAGGAAGGUUUUGGUAAAUCAGUCCCCUUUCCCAGUAAAGAGGUUCUCGACAGAAAGAAGGUGGUUCAAGAGGAGCUCUUACGUCAUCACGCCUUGCGGCGCGCCGAGAGCCAAGUUCGACGCAAAAGACUGCAAUACCAGUUGCAGAGGAUUGCUCACAAGCGCCACCUACUGGAGGCUAAGAGGGAACUGCAGAUGCUGGAGAAGGCCCUGCCAUCUGAUCUAGACGGCCCAGCGUCUCCUGAACAAGGGUGGUCCUCAAAGUCCAGAGGACGUCAGCCUGACCUGCGCAGACAUUCUUUCUCAUCAGACCUUCUUUCCCGCUUGUACCCCAAACACACCCCAAUCUUCAGCCACUUCCUGAAGAAAACCAGACCAUCUGAUCUGACAUUUGGAUCCAUCGGCUCAAGACGGUGGGUGUCUGAUGAAUGUCUUCCACACGAGAGGAAGAGGAGUCGCUCCAACACGUUCUCCUCAGAAACAGGACACAGUCGCCAGGAGCUGGGAUUCAGGAGUAGCGUCUGCUCCUCAGAGAACCACAAGUCGCUUGUGAAAAACGAAGCUUUAGCUUCGUCGCCAUGUCGUGAAAGACCAGAGAAGAAACCCCUUCUUCCAAAACGUGGACUUGAACUAACAUUCAAGAACAGUCAGAACUCAUCACAAUCACAUCAAGGGACGAGUAGUAAUGUAGUUGUAAAAGAACCAGGAGUUACCAUAAGGAAAUGUAACAGUCAGACUCAGAAGGCUCCGUGUAAAGGUUUGAAGAACCUUCCCCGUGGAAGUAGCAAGGGCCUGGAGAAUAUCAGGAAUGUCUUUUUACGGUCCGUAGGUCCUGGGAUAAAGACAGCGUUGGCCAGGAUUUUUAGGAAGCCACCGUCAGGACUGAGUUGCGGAGCCAGGCUGACCAAGCCACUUGCUAAAACAGCGAGUCGCUUUCUCUGGAAACAAAACCGAGGUUUAGUAGACACCAACAUGAACAGGAAGAAAGGCAUGAUGAAAACAACUGUCUCUUGCGAGGACCUUGAUCAAAAGACUACUUCACACAGUUGUAAGGCGAGACAAAGAAAGUGGCACAGUGCAGAGACACUAAUGAGUAAGACCAGUAUGCUAAAGUGGGUGGAGAAACAGCACACGCUGGGACUGGCAGGAUGGGAGGAGUAUGAUGGCGAGGAAGAGGAGAGUGGGGGAGACCACUCAGACUGUGACAGUUCAUUCUCUGUGGACUCCUUGUCCUCUGCCUAUGCCACAGCCCUAGCAGAGCAGCUGGUUCAGGAAGAGGCUAUCCACAGCGAAGCAGACAGCGAAGACAGUCAGAUGUCAAAGGACUCAUUGGCUGUGGAUAGCAGAGGGAUACAUGAUGUGUCAAGGCCAGCACAGAGACUGACUCAGGCUGUAGUCAGUCAAUCUGCAGUGAGGGAUUUUCCGAAGUCCUUAAUUGGAAAAACGAUGAACCUGGUUUCAGAGAUUACGCUAACGGGAGAAGGAGUAACAGAUGUCAGUUCUGAAACAAGUGUCAGUGGAGCAGCGAGUGAAUCACUCUAUCAGAUGCAGGCAGUGACAGAAUCCAGGUGUAGAGACACUGCAUCAAGUCCAGAGUCCGGGCACGUCCACAUCACGUUGACCAGUCGUGGCUCUCUGAAUAGCUGUAGUGCGAGGGAGCCUGAGGAUCAGCUGGUGCUUACUGAUGCCUGGUCCUCCAUUGAUGCAGCAGGUAGUCCUAGUAUACCCAGGGAGACCAUGUUGAGGAGAAGGUUGGUGUUUAGUCACGGUGUGUUGGAUGGCCGCAGUAAUCCCAGCCCUAUCAGUGUGGAUGUGUCUGACUGUCAGAGUGGAUUCGGUGUGACUCGAUCCCAUAGCUCUGAAUCGAGUGACUGUACGGAGGGAGAAUGUGUCGGAGUGGAGAAACAACAAUUCAAGGUUUUCACUGGAGACACCAACUCUUUGAAUUUACCUGAUUUUCAGCUUAAUCAAACUUUAGCACCACAUGUAAUGGCGCAAUUGAGUCAGGAGCAGAUGUGUUGCGAAGGCCAUUUUGAAAGGUUGGUCAGUUCACAAGGCCUGCCAGUCUCUAUCGAUAGUACAGGCUUCCAUGACAAUGAAAGUAGAGAUUUUACCUCAGAGUGUUCACUGUGUAGUUCCACAAAGGCUCCAACCUUUGGCGGUAGCAUUCAAGACAUCCCAUCAACAUUGGAGGAUGAAAGGUUCAAUGCGCCUCAGAUGGAGCUGCUCACAUUAUCUCCCGAAGUGCUGUUUUUGGGAGAAGCCGACAUAAAAAACUGCACUGAUGCUGGUUUGUCUCCCCACAGUCCUCAUUUUAAAUCCAGUAUGGAAACAUUACCAAAAACUAAAGGUGAGAUGGGGAAUAAGACAUAUAAUGUCAAAAGUGCCUCAAAUAGUCUUUCUGAAGAUAAUGAACAUUGCAACAUAGAUGGAGAAGUCAUAGGAAUCAGAGAUUAUGAGUUUUCUGAAAUUAGCAAUACCAAAGACAAAUCACUUGAAAUGCUGCAAAAGCUUGAAAACAAAGCCACAGAUCAGAAUUGUGAGUCAAAAGAACAGGCGUUUUUCAGUGUGUCUUGUAAAAAUUCCAGAAAGAGGAACAAAGGCUUACAGGACAGUUUCAUAGGCAUCUUGAAAAUUCCAAAGAGGAGCAACGGAGGGGACUUCUUAACAUCAUCCACUUCACAACUAAACAGUCAAGAGGUUAUUUGGUCAGAUGGCAAAAAUAACACCAGUAAAUUAGAAGACAAACAAACUUCCCCUUCAGUUCAUGCAUUAAAACUAAAUCUGGACUGCAAGGAAGGUAAUUUUAAACAAGAUGCCUCUACACUAGUAGAAAUGUCUGUGGCUCUUGAUGUAUCCCAAGAAAAUACCUCCCUGUGUAGCCAUAAAAUCGUUGACACAGGUGGCCAUAAAGUACCACUUUUUGAAGAGGAGGCAGUCAUUGAAAAGAGAAUACAAGUAGAACGAGAUGUUGAAAGACAAAUCAAAAGACAGGAUGAAAAGCUGAUCUCUGGUAGCGUAGAGAAUGGUAGAUGGGGACACCACCAUGCGGACAGUAACUGUAUUUCAAUUGACCAGAGAAUUUCAGAGGUCGUGAAAGAGCAUACAAGGAUGUCAGCUAAAUAUUGGGAUGGUGAUAACAGUAACAGUGAACUGGACAGUGAAAGUAGUCCUAACAUGAAUGUCUUGCCAACAUGUCAUUCUAACAAAUGGGAUUCACCAAAGGAUCUACAUCCAAUUGAGAAUCAUGAAGCAGCAGGCAUACUGAGGAUCAUUACACCUGACUCAACAUCACAAAAGCCUCUUAUCUGUUCAGAGAGACUAAGCAUGGAUGGCACAAUAGACAUGACCGAAGUGAGCCAUGGAAGGGGUUUUGCACACUGCGAAUCCCUUACAGUUAUGUCUGCAAAUCAAGCAAGUUCCAUUACCAAAGAUUGUGUGAAUGUUCAAGACAGUAGUAAAACAAAUGUCCUCUCAGAAUUCCAGUUAAGUCAGAGCAUUCAAUGGAAAGAUGUAUCAAAGUAUAUUGACAUAAGGGAAGACAACAGUCAGGAUAUUUCUGGCUUCUCUAUCAUAACACUAAAUGAUCAGGCAAGUGAUAAUUCUGGUGCAGCAUCUUUGACCAACAAUAGGCAUGAGAUCAAAUUAAAUCUUUCAUUAGACAGCCGCCAAGGACAAACUCAAGACAUCAAUAAUCCUAAACCGCUAAAAAUGAGAUGGUCUUCUGGGUCUAAUUCUACUUCAGAAACUCCAAAAGAGCGUUCAAUUAGCCAAGAGAACAUUUUUGAAAGGGAUGUCCCGUUUGUAAAUAUGGAGAACGCAAUUACCUUUAUUGGUAAUAACAAUAAACAAACUGUCACCCAGGCAUGUUCACUUCAGCAAACAGUGAUACCUAGAGGAACAAUGUCAGAAACGCUACCAAGUAUUGACUUUGCCCUUGCAAAGGACACCAUCGUGGAUUCAGAACAUGAGAUUCACAAGGACCAAUGCAAGUUGACCUCUACAUGUUCAAGUGGACAACUUGACCUAUAUUUUUAUCAUUGUCAUGAAGCUGUAGAAUUACUAUCUGACGAAGGUGGUCUUCAGCUUACAGCAGAAAACACUGAAAUACAUAAUGACAGUCGAAGACUUGCAAAUAAUUCCCAGUCUGUUGAUUCUGUAAAAAUGGUAACUGUCAGUCAAACAGAGAAAAAAGACAGAGGUCUUGCUCGUGCCAGAAAAGAACUCCAAAGAGACACUGCUUACGCCACAAAUGUCAGUCAGGAUCUGCCAAAGUCAAAUUGCUCAUCUGAAACUCAGGUAGACACAAUUCAUAAGAUUUGUGUAAUCGUUGAUCCUGAUCAUAAGAAAAAACAUCAGAGGUUAAAACAUGACAAAUGCCAUGUUGAGAAUUGGCUAAAGGCUCAAUGCAAUGUGGUCAACUUUGCUUCCAACAAAACCAAAGAUUGCCAAAUGGCUGAAAAUGAAAAUGUGUCAGUGACUAAAACACAACUGUCUCCUGCAACCAGGUUUGACGGAUCAAGUGAAAUUAAUACUACUGACCCUUCCCAAAAAACACAGGAAUGUAGUGAUGUCAAUAGGAAGAUAUUAGGUGACAUUUGCAGAGAUAUCAUCUCCAAAGAAAAACAUACCAAGACAUCUAAAUGCCCGCUACUCUAUCAGUUCACUGGUAGUAGUGUUAUUAAUUGCAACAAGGGAAAAUCUAAGAGGUUCAGAAGGUCUAAAGCUCAUGCACCUCCUAGCUCAUCCUCAAACUCCACCAUUAAGUCUUCAUCAGACGAAGAAGAGAAUAUCUCUCCCAGGCAGCAUCGAAGCAAGUCAUUGUCAACAAGAAUGAUACCUGGAACCCAAACUAAAGGGAAACUAGAGGAGAUUAAUCACUGCAACAGUGACGCAAUCCACCCAUCCGAAAGUCAAUCACCAGAGUCAAUCCAUAAUCACAAUAUGGAGGCUUGUGCUACCUGGAACCUGGGUAAAUAUGGCAAGUCUAACAUUAGUGUUAGUUUGGGUCAGAAAGCUCACUACCUUAAGGGCCAAUCAGCACAAGCGCUUACAAUGUCUUCUGGUCUCAAAGAAACUCAGAUGUCACACUACACACCAAAGCCUCAGGAUUCGGCAUUGCAUUUUGCCUCAAGUGACAUCAAUCCCUUUGUUCACCAGUGGAAAGAACAGCAAAGCCAAAGGUGUUACAAGAACCAGUUGUUUGGAAGUGCUGCUGACAUAACUUGCAAAUCACCACUGCCAGAUGCCACAGACAAACGCAUUGCUAGAUGCUGCAGUGUUGACAAUGGUUUAAACUUGCAAAACUGUCCUUUCAACUCCCACCUGAGCACUUACGCCAACAACAAGGGAUUGUCAAGCACCCUGAGCAGUAUGGAGGAAUAUUUCAAAGAUCAAACAUCCCCCAAAGUCCAUCAGGAAGGGCAUGCUAACCAAGCCUCUGGUGGUGACAAUCAAAAUCAACACCGGAUCCAGAAUGUGAGUGUUAACUCUUCCUGCAGUGAUGUUCCUGGAGGUCCUGGUAACAGUUCUGGCCAGGUAGAUGAAAUCAUGUUGGUAUAUUGCUCAGAGCAGGAGUCUCAGUGUAAUAGGUUUCAGAUGCCUGAAACUCACAACACGCAGGACCACAGCACCCAGACAAGUAUUACUCAAGUAACUAUGACUCAGACAACAAUCGACCAUGGUGAUCUACAGAGAAACAACUGUCUCAGAAGGAGCAGCACUCCGGUACCAAUGGCGCAGAAUAACACCAAGACUGGCAAAGAGACGACCACAUGGGCCAGCCUUCAGAACAUGUCUGAACAUCUGUCUAAGCUGAUACAUAACACCUCUGAUCUUCUGGGGAAUAUUCAAGGCAUGAGGUCUGGAGAACAAAGCCCGAUAAGAAAUGUCACAUCUCACCUGCAUUCCCUCAAAGAUUGCACCAAGAAACCUUGCUCAACCCAAGCUGCAGUAGAUAUUGGGAUACAGACCGAAAUCAUAGCUGUUCAGGACAAAAUGUCUAGUCACCAAACUCAGUACACAGAAAGGCCCAUUGCUCAUGAAGUUAAUGUGAUAGUAAAAGUAAUUGGCUCAGAAGUUCUUAAUGUGUCACAAGAUCCAUUGAAGAACAGGCAAGAUAAUACAAUUCAGAGCAUGCCUGACCUGCAAAUUAAUGGCUGUGCUUAUAAUCAGACUUCUGUCUUAGAACCAGAGAAUUGUCCUCCCAAAAUCCCUUCAAUGGCGACUGUUGUCCAGCAUAAUAAUUGUUUAAGUCCUUCCAUUCAUCAUAGAAGUAAUGAGUGCUGCAUACCUAAAAGACUUUCUUCCUCAAAAAGCUUGGCAGUCACUGCCACCUGUAAUGAUUUGCCAGAAGUACUCAGACCAGAUAGCCAUAAUGGAUUGAGAAGGAGUGACCAUGGAAUAGGUUAUAGAAAACAAGUGAGCUUCACAGACCGUGCAUGCUCACCAAUCCUCACUGUGGGUCCCAGGAGUAAUUCAAACAAGAGCAACAGAAGUCUAUUACAAAGUCUCAAAGAACAACAACAUUUUGAGAUGCAAAAUAGAAGUAAGGAAUACAUUAUGCAAGGAAAUGAGUGCCAGUCAACACCUUGUUUAAGCUUCAGCGGACAGGAAACAUGCAUGUCUUUUACAAAGAAUGACCAUAUGCCUGGACAUAACUCUUUCAACCAGUCUGGAAUGUCUUGUGAUCUUUCCAUAAUAAAAUCAGCAAGAUUAAUAUCACUCAAGAAUAUGAGUGCCCUCAGUCUUUCAAGCCCAAAAGGGUCUGAUGGAUCCCCAGAAAGUCCUAGCUUGUCCAUUGAUAAAUACAUCCAAGAUGAAAGAAGUGUUAUCUGUCAGAAAGAUGAAAGAAGUGUUAUCUGUCAGAAAGAAAGGGAAAGUCCAAGAUGGUCCGUUCCUUCUGUUUUGAGCAGUAAUGCAGUCACUACGCAGAAUCAUAAUGCUGUGUCCCAGCAGGAGGAGAAAUCCAUCUCUACCUUUGGACAUCGACUAAGCUAUCGGAGGCAUUCAUCCGAGUGUCCAUUGGAGUCUUAUAAUGGUGCUUAUCAGCCAUCCCCCAUCAGUGACUACGCCAUUCAGUUUCAGGAGGAUGACAUGCUUUCACUGGCCCCGAGCGAGUGCAACACAGACAUCCUACUGAACAUCAACCCUGUCACCCAAACGUUUAACUUCCAACCCCUUUCACAGCAGCAAGAUAACCCAGAGCUACCUGAGGACCUACCUGUGCACAACAAGUUUACGAACUGGUCAGGGAUUAGCCAGCAUCCGUCUGACAGAGGACAGGCCAACUGUUCAGUGAACCCUGCUGCACAUAUAACCACCGUUCAUGAAGCACAGAGGAACCAGGCGGACUGGGCUGCGUUGCACAGCCAGGAGUCAAGAUGCAGUCGAAGUCCAGGGUACCCAUUUGAAAAAGACGUGAGGCCACGGUUAAGCCUCAGUCCAGAGAGCUCCUUUCCGAAGGACAGGAAGAGGAGGGAAAUAGAGAGGCUCCGUAAGGAGCGAGAGCAGGUCAUGGCUACUGUCCACCUGAACAUGAACCCUCAUCCGCUGACCGUGGAACUGGCAGAAGCAAAGCUGCACUAUGGUCACGGCGAGACGGACACGCUGUUGAAGAUACUAGCAUCUGGAGGAACCAAGGAGAAGGAACCGUCUGCGGUCCCUACCAAACAGCAACUCUAUGACCGACACCGGAGGAGCAUUGAUGGUUUACGGCUGGAAAGGGAGGCUCAUCUCCAGACAUGCCGUAGGGCUCGAAGCCUCAGCCCUGGCAAACACCACUCCCCCCAAUCUCCUCCUCAGUCCAGAACCCCUCCUCAAGAAGCUGUUUCUUCCAGAGUUUCAGCCCUGCCCAGUCGUCGCAGAGACUACCUUCAACAACUCCGUCAGGAGGUAGUGGAGAGCAGCAGGAUUCCAGAUCCACCUAGAGGAGAGGGCCAUUAUCCCUCUGAGAUAGAGCAACUGCUCCGUGACUAUGGUCGUGCCCGCGAAGAGGCCAGGACGGAAAUAGCGCGGGCACGGGAACGACUUCGAGAGAGGACUGAGCAGGAGAAGAGACGUCUGCAGCAACAGGCUCUGUCUCAGGUGGUUAAGGAUGACUUGCGGUAUCGGACCAGAGUCAGCAACAGCACAUUGUGCACUGGGUCGAGUCUGAGCCUGUCUUCUGGACCAACCUCUGGCUACAACAGUGGUUACACAGCUCAGCUGAUGGAUGGCAGUAGACCCUCACUGACCCUGCAGGCCACUGGGGUCCUGGAUGAUGGUCUGAAUGGACUGAAGGUCAGGUCUCGCCCUCCCAUCUGUAGCUCUCAGACUGUGAAGACCCAGCGGGCCUGGCUCUCUGCCCAGGAUAUCCGGCUGGAGCCCGGGGUGUCUGGGUCUGAGCCACUGAUUUCGUCAAAUCCGCCUUCUCCCUCCGGCCUUCGCCAGCGUACAGCCUCCUUUGGCUCGGCUUCUUCCAUAUCGACAGCUUAUCAGGACCUCACAUCCUGCCUCCUUGGUCAAGCUAUGGCUGAGGUGCGAUUGGCUGGUGCUGGCAACAUGGAGAACCUAGUGAAUGGAAAGGCUGCCGCAGGUUGGAGGUACCAUGGAGUGGAGAGAGGUGUCCAGGCCUUCUACAAGCCCUCCUCAAGCCCAUCAGUGCACUCCUUCAUGGGGGCAGUGGAGCUAGAGAGGCCCCUGGCCAGCCUUUGGAGCAUGGUCCGGGACCACUCCAAGAUCCACCUGUACCAGGAAGCUGUCCGCUCCGCCUGGACUAGACCACUUGAUGACUGCACUCAGCUGGUUUACUUGCUUACUGAAACAUCCACCUGUCACCUUAAACAGCCCAGAGACUUCUGCUGCAUUAGCACCCUGUCACAACAGGAUGAGUUGUGUGUGCUGGCCAUGCAGUCUGUCUUCGAGGAGUCUCUCCCUCGGCCCAAUGUGGAGGCUGUCCGUGGGGAGAUGUUGCCUAGUGCCUGGGUCCUUCAGGCAAUCACACGCCAUGGCCGAGAGGUUGUUAGAGUCAUCUACCUGCUCCAGGUGGACCUGGGCUCUCCGUCCCUCCCACAGAGGCUGUUGGGAACGGUGGCUAGGAGACAGGCCGCCGUCCUGGCUGAGCUCGAUUCUCUAUUCUCCCUGUGAGACUGACAGCAUGCCAGGAUGGCGUCCAUUAUUCAUCAAAAUGAAACUGAGAGAGACUUCCUUGACUGGAGGAAAUAAUCAUUGUUGUGUUUCGUAUCAAAACAUUUUGCCUGAAUGAACAUGACCCAUGUGAAAGGUCACGCGUCAGAGUGAGCACUUAGAGGAAGGUCCUGAUCUGGUAUGGGUCUUCUUUCAAUUGGCACCUGACUUUAUCUACUUCACUUGAAUCUUAUGAAGAGCACUGAUGGCAUUGAUGAUUUGUGAUACUAAGUAUCAUGCAGCUUUUUUAGAUACCGUUUUUAAUAUAUCAGUACAGAACUGUGUUGUUUUUUAAAUGUUAAUGAAGCUCUGUGUUUAAUGUGUAUGUUUUUCUGCAAUAUUGAAUCAUAUCUGUCAGAGAGGUUUAUAGGGGCUGGCUCCUACAUUUGAUCCAUACAAAAGAUUUCCAUUGUCUUAUUGCAACACAUGAUCCGAGUAAACCUUUACAAUUCCCCAGAUUUUCCAUAAUAACAUUUACAUGAAUGCAAUACAAUCAUUAGUCUCUUUCAUUUAUAGUUUGCCCUGGUAUUUUUACUCCUUACUGGUAUAAGUUCUCUGCAUAAUGGUUUCUUCUGUCUUUCAUUUUUACAUAGUCCUGUUGUAGGUUGCACCACUUAUGCAUGAUGGGCACUGCUCUGAAUGUUGAUUAACAGGUGUUAUUCAGUGUUUUUUAAAGCUUGUACAAUGUUAAAUACAGUAUAUAAUAGGGCCUGGUCUCAGAACAAUUUUGCCUAGACAUCGAAACAUUAUAUUUUGUACAACAGCACCCAGAAAUCAGAGACCAGGUUGUAAUGGAAGGUGUUUCCAAUUAAUACUAAUUAUCAGGUGUUUGCACAGUGCUAGUGAGAGAGAUAGCAUAUUAGUUGGUCAUUAUUGUCCAUGUCAGUUCAUCCAUUACCUAGUCAUUGCUUCAGGCAAAUUAUGCAAACUGGUUGAAAUCCAACCUCUAAAAGCCAACAAAAAAGAGUUUUUGUUCACUCUUCAGGACAUAAUGUUUAGCUGUAGUUGUAGGCCUGCUCAGUGUCACAGUAACACUGUCCCCAGGGAAACCAGGGAAGGAACUUAUUUGAAGGAUUUCGUUUUCUUGGGGACAGAACAGUGAAGUAGUGAACUGACAACCUUUUAGUAAUGAAUUUGAUUCUAUCCUUAGUUUUGUGUGUGCCUGUUAUGUGACAAACAUAUAUAUAUAUGACCAUGUCAAUAUUAUUAUUUAUGUUUUUUAAUUGCAAUGUUUAUUUUGAUAAUUAUAUAUUUUAAUCAUAAAGAAAUGCAAAUGUUAUUUUCCUAUAUAAA